AUGGCAUAUGCGACCUUCGCCGACUUGCCGCCCGAAAUGGUCGGCAAUGUGUUCGCGUUCAUUCGAUCAAAGUCUCACCAGAGUAGCGUCUGCCUUGUCAGCCGCACAUGGAGAGACCAGAUACGCCCCAUAAUGUGGGAAAAGAUUGAGACGGACUUUCGCGAUGCCUCCGCUCCGUCUCUAGCAACACUACUCCAUCCACAAUCCGGAAUCACGGGCCACAUCCGAGAGCUCGACAUAUGUGAAUCGGCGAAAACGACUGACGGAGACUACCGUGCUAUACUGGUCAUCACAGCAAUCCCAAGAGAUCGACUACGCCGCUUUGAGAGCACUUGCAAAGUCUCGGCCCUCACCUUCCAAGUUCUUCUACAAUCCCAACGCAGGAUAGAAGAUAUUGACAUUGGGGGUUCAUUCAGCACUCCAGACCAACCAACUCACGAGUCGCUGAACCUUUCGAACUUGAAGGGGUUGCACAUUGAGUGGUGCAUCGAUCAGAUUCCCUUACUGGAGGGUAUCUCCUCGUUCUAUACCCACAAUGCCGGACAACUAGAAGAGCUCAUUAUCGCUCUCCCCACCCGAAUGGAAAAUCCAAAACAUACUGUCCAGGCUAUAGAUACGCUACUCAAGACCUGUCCUAAGCUCACCUAUCUUCAGCUAGAUUUGUCUGUGCAUGGGCUGGUUGCCAGAGACAGUGUUUUGGUCCACUGUAAGACUCUUACGGAGCUUAUGAUGGAAAGUGGAAUGACUGAAGGCGGCAACUAUUUCCCUAUUGCAGACAUAACCGCUAUACUGAAAGCUUGUACCAAGUUGACAGCGUUGGCGAUUGACAUGCCAACAUUGGAAUUGGGUUGUAUCUCAGACCCUCCAGACGGCUUCAGUCUAGAUGAGGACUAUGCGCAUGUACUGGCUGCAGUCGCUACACAGCCCGUAUUGAAAGCCUUUCGGAUACUCAGUCUUCCAGUGCUUGAAUUCGAUGACCCCUCUUCAGAGAGACCAACUGGUCGGGACACGCUUUUCUGUCAAGUUGUCAUGCAAAAUCUUGCCAACCAGAUUCUCCGCUUCGCGACUGACCGAGGUUCAAAGCUCAAGGUUCUCAGCAUCAAACCUAGCCUCGAGCCAGUUGAUCUGAACUCGGGCAGGGACACGAAUGGACAUAAAUGGCCUGAGUACCACUACAUUCGGGGACGUGUCUCCGACAUUACAAGUACAGAUGUGGUAGUUGCGCAUCCUUCAAAGAGCGUAAUACUAGAUUUCCCCGAUCUUGAACCACUCUUGCACUACAUCUAA